AUGGCGAAAUCCAGGGUUGAGGGUUUUUCAUCGAUUGAUGAGGAUUUAAUUUGGGAAAUCUUGAUAUUUCUCCCUGUCAAAUCUCUGAUGAGAUUUAAAUGUGUAUGCAAGCUUUGGCUAUCUAUGAUCCAGAAUCCAUUUUUUGUCAGGGCUUAUAGGGGCGGUUUUAAAGGUCUCCUCCUUUCCAACCUUAGCCAUAUUUUAUCUUCCUCAAACGACACUAGUAUUGAGUUCUUUUACUUGAACUAUUUGGAGGGUGAUGUGCCAACAAACAUUAUACAUCACUAUAGUAUACCUACUGAAGGGAAAAUUAAGCCCACCAAGCUUGUGAAUGGCCUAAUCUGUCUCUACUCUGGCGAAAAUUCCUGGAUGUACAAUGUUGCUACUAGAGAAAAGAUGUCUCUGCCGGAUUCAGGGUAUGAUUACGAAGAAGUUUACCAUCUCGGUUUCGAUCCCUCCAACCGCGUCUACAAGUUACUUAAGACAGGGUUUUGCAGGAUUUUAACCAUAGGUGUAGAUUCGUCCUGGAGAAGCAUCAUCGAUCUGGCACCUAUGGUGGCAAGCGAUUUACGUUUGUUGUUGUUUGGACCAAAUGUGGAACUAGCAAAAUGGGAAUGCCUUCCUGAUUCUGGUCAGGUGAGAAUGCAGUUUUUCAAUCAUCAUAUUGGCAAUGGUAAACCAGCCGGAAAGGUCUCUUUAUCAGGAGGGACUUGGCGAGAGCAUGAAGUUAAUCCCCCUAUAGAGGAAGGUCCAAGAGAAAUGGCUGAAUUCUUUAAUCUUAAUCCUCUGGGUAUACUUCCCGAUGGAAAAGUAACCUUUCUUGAUGAUAUUGCCCACUUUUGGCAGUUUCCGGUGCCAUUCUAUUUAUACGAUAAAACCAAGAGGGAGCUCCAGAAGCGGUUUAUAUCGGACUGUCCUUCAUCCCCCAUCGCGCAAAAACGCAUUGUUGAAGUUACAGAGGAUGUCGUUCUCUGGUAUUAUGAGGAGAAUAUCUUACCAUUAAGCUGUCUAGGUCCUUGCUGA